AUGUAUUCCACUGAUGAGUGUUGCAAAGGCUCAGAACUCUUCUCAUUUAGAGUCUCUAUCAAUUCGGUGAGUUUUUUGUUUGUUUCAGUAACUCCCCCUUCUUCCACGAAACUAAGUAAGAAUAUUAUGUUGGCUAGACAUUGCCUGGAUUGUUCCGGUAGCAUUUUUUCAGAUGCAACAGCAUCAUUCGCAUCACUAACCUGUUCAUUUAUAUCACCAAGACUUGCAUUUACGGCAGACUCCUUGUCUGAUAUGCCACAAUUGUUCAAGUCUGAUUCUUCCCAGUCGUCUUCGUUUUCCCAUCCAUCUUGUUCUUCAUUGGCUUCCUUUGGUUCCUUCUCCUCUUCCUUCUCUUCAACUUUUUCCUUGACUUCCUCUUCUACCACUUCUGCUUUUGUAUCUUCUAUCUCCUUUCCGUUGUCCUUUGCAUUCACGACAUCCUUCUUGGAGAAUUCAAGAAGUUUCUGA